AUGAGUAGAGGGAUAACCAUCAUUGCUAUCAUAGCAGUUUCUAUUUCACUUGGAAUCUUGAUAUUGAGUUUGGCAGGAGAUAAGGAUGGCUUGAAUAUACCACAAGACAAUGGAACUCACACCGGAUUUCCCGCUUGGCAUCCUCCUUUGGAAGGAUAUAAUGACGAAAGUCUAGGAGCAACCAUCAUUUUCUCGGUAAUAGUGUUGGCAAUUUGUGCAUACUUUACAUUCAAAUGGACCUCUCAAGUUCCUGAAGAAUUUAAAACGACUUUCAUUGAUAAAAACAUAAAUAAAACAUCUACCAUCGAAUUUGAUCGUUUAAUAGCAUGGUACGCAACGUUUACAUCCUUGACAGGAUUGACAUUUUUUACGUUGGACGUUGGUAAAAUGUGGGUUACGACAGGAGUAUUACAUAAUGCAAUCGAAGUAAUGAUCUUAUAUGCCGUACAUCAAGGGGGUAGCGUCAAAUCAAGUUCAUUUCCAGCUUGGAUCAUCAUUUACGUCUUAAUCACCACAGCAUUAAGCCUUUAUUUAAGUUGGCCCGCGGAUGCCCUUUGGUUUAAAAUGCAAGGACUUGUAUUGGAUUACACUUUAGUGAUACAAUUUUCUCGCAUCUUUUUUGGUACUUGUAAGGGAAUUGGUGAUGAGUCUCAUCGUCUCUUUGAUGUCGAAAAUCCUGAUCGUACCACUAGUGGGGAUAGUAAUAGAUCGGAAAAUGAUGAUGUGCGUGACAAAUCGGUCGGUUACUUCCUUCCUCGUUACACCUUAUUAUUGGUCUUUGCCGCUUUCGCUCAUAUCUUUGGAAAUGUUAUCGUUACGAUUUGGUCCUUUGAAAUCGUUUCUUAUAUAUUAUUCGCUUUCUCAUCUUGUGUCUCUUUCCCUCUUUACACUUAUUUUGUUUAUUUAGAUACUCAUACUGUUGCCAUGCGUCCUGCUCAAAAAUAUAUAGUGGUACCUGAUUCUGAUAAAUUAAAAGUUACCCUCGUGGUCUUAUCUGCAAUUUUCCUUUCAUUUUUAACCGCAAAAAUUAGUGUAGUUUCUCAGGAUCAUAACAAUUAA